AUGACAAAAGUGUUGAAAUCCACGAUUUUUCUUGGUGAGUAUUUACAAACAAAAAUUACUAUUCUUAAUCAUCAAAAAGAUAUUUUACUGGGAUGAUUUAGCUGUUUGUAUUUCCUGGGGACAUGCCAGUUCUUGUCCGGCGGCCCAAAAAUACACGUCUGGGCCAAGGUCCGGCUGUACGAAGCCUUCAGAUCCACUGAAAAAGCCGGCCAGUGGAAUUGAGUCAUGGUUCACUAAGGAAGUAUUUAAUGUAAGUCGAAUAUAUUGCUUAAUACAGUGUAUCUGAUGCCAGCUGAUGCAUGUUCAGCGGUGCUAAGAAGGGGAGUUUUUGUCGUCGUGAAGAGCAUAGAUAAACUUGUUUUUUUCUCACAUUCCACUCACUCUUUUGCAAAACCUAGAGUGAGGGAUCUGAUAAAGUGGCAAAAAACUUAUCAUUUUGCAUCCAGGAAGUAUCAAAAAUGUGGCAGAAUGCCUCCCUCUCCAACUAAAAAACUCCUUUUUGAAGGGCGCGUCCUUUCCCUCACAAAAAGAGGCGCGCUUUUGAAAUCGGAGUUUUUCACUUGGAGAGGGAAGCAUUUUGCCACAUUUUUGAUAAUUCCCGGAUGCAAAAUGGUACGUUUUUUGCCACUGGAUCAGGUCCCCCAUUAUACCGCAUAACAUCGCUGAUAAUAAAUCGCUCUUUCCAGGACCUCUUCCCCAAAGCCAAUCUGGGCUGGGGUCCCGACGAAUGCUUCCCCUACUCGUACGAAGCUUUUGUCAUCGCCGCCAGAUACUUCCCCAACUUCGGCACGGAGAAAGGCACCAAUUACACGGCCGAACAGAAUGCUCGUCGUGAUUUGGCCGCCUUCUUUUCGCAUGCCGUUCAAGAAACUGGUGAAAACGACGCCUCUUUGUAUCAGUCGAUUAAGAAUCAGACAGAAGCGGACGGAUGUUUCUAUCGAGGAGGUUUCUUCAAUUGGUUUGAAGGCGGACCAGUGUCAUCGUUUUUGCCCGCCAAUCAGACCGGUUCGCAGCCAAGUGAUGGCGACUUAUGUGCUUCGGCUGGACAGUAGGUUUUGGGGGUUAUAUAGGGGAUAAAGAUGGCUGGUUACAGAGAAAAUUGCAGUCAAUAUUUUACAGCAACUAAUUGUAAAAAAACUAUGAAAAUAAUACGCUAUAGAAAGACCUAUUGUUUGUCGUUGUACGGAGAUGCAUUAGACUUUUAGGAUCUCUGAAAUAUCAUGUUAUAUACAGCCUUUCUUAUAUUAACCUCAGCGUUUUAUAGCCUCAAUUUGAAAGUACCGUCGUUCAAGAACGUCUUCUAAAAACCCAUCUUCAGAUACUGCGUGAGCAGCGCCGAAUACAACGCCUUCUAUCCCUGCUACAACGGAACCUCCGGUCAACACUUCAAAGGCUGCUACUUUGGCCGCGGAGCUAUUCAAAUUUCUUACAAUUACAAUUACGGCCAAUUCCAGGACUGGCUGAAGUCUCAAGGAAUCGUUGUAGACCUCCUAAAAGAGCCAAACUUGGUCAUCACCAAAAUGGAUCCACCUCUUGCAAUCAUGGCUUCACUGUGGUUCUAUAUGACUCCACAGCCUCCGAAGCCGGCAAUGCAUGACAUUGUAAUUGGGAAUUGGAAUGCUGGAGAGACGAAUAUCGCUGCCAAGUAUAAUGGAGCCAUUUUUGGACCAACAAGUUUGAUUAUUAAUAAUGAAUGUAAUGGAGAGGAUAGCUCGACACCUGGAGGGCCAGGAGAGAGCCGAAGAAUCAAGGCGUUCAAAUGGUUCUGCAAGUAUUUUGAUGUCCCAACAGGGGCGAAUGAAACAUUGAGUUGUAAAUGUAAGAAAGGUUGAAAAGUCAUGGGUUUUUACAAAGAGAACCCAUAAGGGAAGUACCCAAAGUGCGACGCUCAGAUUUUGAUGAAACUUGGCACAAAUUUAGAACAUUUUUUUCUAAGACAUAUCCGAGAAUCCUAGCUCGCACUUUGCAGAAACCACCGAGAUUAAAAAAAAAUCGAAAGUCGGCAAAAAUUUGAGACUUUUUGCCGGAUUUUGGCACGCGAAGUUUGAUGCCUAUUUGUACUCUAAAGGGUAAUGUUUACACAAAAAAUCAAUUUUUUCCGCACGAAACUAGUAAAGUUAUGGCGAAAAAACGUUUUUCUCUCUGACCGCUCUCCGCGUUUAGCGUACUCUCUCGGCGGCAAAGAUCGUUCAAUAUCUCGGCGGCGCUUGCAAAGCGCGAGCUAAAACUUUCAGGAAUUGAUAUUUAGUUCAUGCCCAACAUGUGCGCAAAAUUUUAAAAAAAUCUGUGCGUCGCACUUGAGGAGACUUCCGUGUUAUUUUUGACAUUUUUAACAUGAUAUACUAUACUCAGAUAUGGCUCAAACAUUCGCAUCAAUGAAGCAAAACCUCAGCUAUCAGCCGGACUGGUCGUCCACCUGGAAAGACGAUCAGGCCUGUCAAUGUACUCCGGCCAGCUAUGGUGGGCUUAUUCCGUACUACGACCCCGACUUCUAUCCAAAGGAAUUCUCAUCACAAAAUGAUGAGUUGAAAGCCUAUUGCCAAAAGAAGCUCUACGAAAGCCCUGCGGCAUUUUCAGUGGACGAGAAAACUGCUCCGUGCUUGAAAGUCAAGCCGUAA